AGUUAAAGCACUUUGUGUUAAAGCCUGCUCCCGUCUUCUCUGGUGUUCCCUGGGCCGAGGUGGGAUGCGUGGGGCCCCGCGGCCUCGCCCAACCUGGUGCUGCUACGAACACAGUAGGCCCAAGGCCUUAUCACGCGGCCUGGGACGGCGAGCAGCGCGCGGCGGGCUGCAGAGCGCAUGUGCGGUACGGCGGCGCAGGCUCUGCAGCAGAGCAGGCAGCUCCGCAACCGCGUCGGACGUCUUUCGCCUGGCCGCCCUCCCCUCUCCGGUACUCGGCAUCCGCUGGCCGCCGUCGCCCCUCCGCAGUCCGAGUCCCCGCCUGCAGCAGCGCGCCUGGCCCCGGCCCCCUGCCCUGUGAAGAUGGCUGCCGUACGCCGGGCCCGCAGUUAUUGCCGCUGCCUGGUGCGCUUCUCCGACCGAGAACUCUGCUAAGUCCCGCUACAGCGGACGGGCAGGAGUAGACGGCCGGCAGCCUCGGGAGCGGGGCACCGAGAGCCUCGGCCUGGGCCGCCGCCCGCCAACAUGGCAGAGGCUGAGGAAGAUUGUCAUUCUGAUUCUGUCAGAACAGAUGAGGAGAGUGAGAGUCCUGCUGAAACAGACCUGCAGACACAGCUCCAGAUGUUCCGAGCUCAGUGGAUGUUUGAGCUUGCCCCGGGUGUAGGUUCCAGCAGUUUAGAAACUCGACCUUGCAGAGCAGGAAGAGGCCCCAUACUGAAAGCCGCUGCAGACACCAAAGGAAUACAGGAACUGGCAAAGGAAGAAAAGGCCCGGGAACUCUUCCUAAAAGCAGUAGAAGAAGAACAAAAUGGAGCUCUCUAUGAAGCCAUCAAGUUUUAUCGUAGGGCUAUGCAACUUGUACCUGAUAUAGAGUUCAAGAUUACUUAUACCCGGUCUCCAGAUGGUGAUGGCGUUGGAAACAGCUACAUUGAAGAUAACGAUGAUGAUAACCAGAUGGCAGAUCUCUUGUCCUACUUUCAGCAGCAGCUCACAUUUCAGGAAUCUGUGCUCAAACUGUGUCAGCCUGAGCUGGAGAGCAGUCAGACCCACAUAUCAGUGCUGCCGAUGGAGGUCCUGAUGUACAUCUUCAGAUGGGUGGUAUCAAGUGACCUGGACCUUAGAUCCUUAGAACAGUUGUCACUGGUAUGCAGAGGAUUCUACAUCUGUGCCAGAGACCCUGAAAUAUGGCGUCUAGCCUGCUUGAAAGUCUGGGGCAGAAGCUGUGUGAAACUUACUCCAUACUCUUCCUGGAGAGAGAUGUUUUUAGAACGGCCUCGUGUUCGCUUUGAUGGAGUAUAUAUCAGUAAAACCACAUACAUUCGUCAGGGAGAGCAGUCUCUUGAUGGUUUCUAUAGAGCCUGGCACCAAGUGGAAUAUUACAGGUAUAUAAGAUUCUUUCCUGAUGGCCAUGUGAUGAUGUUGACGACCCCUGAGGAGCCUCAGUGCAUUGUUCCCCGUUUAAGAACUAGGAAUACCAGGACGGAUGCAAUUCUGCUGGGUCAUUAUCGUUUGUCACAAGAUGCAGAUAAUCAGACCAAAGUAUUUGCUGUAAUAACUAAGAGAAAAGAAGAAAAGCCACUUGACUACAAAUACAGAUAUUUUCGUCGUGUCCCUGUACAAGAAGCAGAUCACAGUUUUCAUGUGGGGCUUCAACUGUGUUCCAGUGGUCACCAGAGGUUCAACAAACUCGUUUGGAUUCAUCAUUCCUGUCACAUUACUUACAAAUCAACUGGUGAGACUGCAGUCAGUGCUUUCGAGAUUGACAAGAUGUACACCCCCUUGUUCUUCUCCAGAGUGAGGAGUUACACUGCCUUCUCAGAAAGACCACUGUAGAGCCUCUCGUCUGGUCCUCUGUCACUGUUGCAUGAACAAAAGCACAUAGCGCAAGAGUACCUAAGUAAUAAAUGUGUGUAUAUAUGGAAUUGGAACUUAUUUUAAAUUGUUGGAAUUCCUUUAAGAAGAGUAUAAAUUAUUUUUUUUUUAUUUAAAGGGAUAGUUGAUUCUUGGGAUAUUUUGUUUUGAAAUUAUAAGUUGUUUAAGAACAUUUAUGUUGUGGAAAAACCUUAAUAGGAGGUUUAAAUCAUUUUCAAGCAAAUUUCUGAGCAGAUUUCUGUCACAUAAGUCACCUUCUGCCUGAACAUCGUCAUAGUCCAUGCAUCAGGGGCCUCACUGGAUAAAUAUCAUAAUUCCCGCAUGAGCUAGUGUCUUUGCACUGAAGACUCAAAAUGUGAAAACCUGUUCUGGAUUUGUUUGAAAUUGUUCAAUAAAGAUCAUAAGUAAAUGUUUCUUUGGAAACAUAAGUAAAGUA